AUGUCUACCUCACCAAGUCCGCGCUUUACUGCCUUCCGAUUGCAUGAUUUCCAGACACCAUCAAGCUCCGGACCGGUACUGACACUCGCUGAUCAGACUCCCAUCAGCCCCGAUACUACUAAUGAAGCUGAUGAUGGGACUGAUACUGAUGAGGCUCUCCCUGGUGAUGCAUCCACCAUCAAGAGCAUUGAGGCUGCGAUUAAGAAGCAUGCAGCUCUUUAUGCAUUGCUCCAUUCACCAUUUUUGUCCAAAAAGUCCAUCCAAGCGGAACUUAGUGGUGAUUUCCAUUCUUGGACAGCCGAGAAAACAUUUUCAUCCGAAGACAAUUUCAAUCAAUUUUGUGUCCACAAAAUUCUUGAAUUGAGAUACCCAAUAUUGACAAAGGAGCUCCAUACUGAUUCCGGAGCUAUCCCUUGGUUGGCUAAGUUUGUUGCUGAUGUUGGGGCAUGGAGGCGCCAAAUGUUGGACCGCUUGCGCAAAUCAAGCUACCAGUUGUUUGGAAAGGAUUUAAGUCCAUCUGUGCUGAAAUCAGGGCAUGGUCCAACAGCUGAAGAACGUCAAGAAUUUCUGGGAAUGAUUUUGGGUUCCACCAACCCUAUGGAUCAUUUACCCUUAUUUUUAUUCCCAGAUAGUGAUCGAUCUCAUCGCCAGCAUGUAUUUCGUUCACAAGUAGUUGCAGCUGCAAUUAUUGUCAUUAUAUUUGGUCCUUCUGCACUCAAUGAUGUGGUGUCUGCUAUUCCACUUCCAGGGUCUCCUUCGCUGGAGGAUUGGGAACCGGCAAAACUGCGUGCAUCACCAAAGGCAUUGGGUAUCAUGUAUAACAUAACCAGUAUAACCCCUGGCACUGUUGCCAUUGUUUCGAUGCUGGUCUAUUUCAUAUUGUCUGGUGACACAGAAAUGGUAUCUGGUCAUGGGAAACCAAGCCGAACGAACUACCUUGAGAUUCUUCUGAACUUCUAUAAGUUCAUCCACAUGGUGCUUAAACGAGAAGAAACUGCCAUGACCCGUCCAAUGCAUGAAACCAUUCAUUGGUUCCAGUAUUUGUUGUUUGGUUCUUCUGUAGGGGAAGAACCAAAUGCGUUGACGGAAGCUGGGAGCAUCUCUGUGGGCCUGAAUGCCCUUCUUGCUGAAAUGGAUCUUAAUGACAGUGAGGUGGGCCCACCAGCUGAAUCCCCUGAAGCAGACCAAGUGCCACCCAGUGCUCCUUCUGAGAUGCCUCAGAGCCAGGAUCCGGAUCCCCAGACUGAAGUUGUGGAAAGCUCUGGAGUUGGAUUGGAUGAGGGGGGUGUGACAAGGCGUGGGCACAGUCAUAGGAGGAGAGGUCAGAGGCGAGGUGGUGUCAGGGGCCGUGGAGGCCGUAGAGGCCAGAGUGCAGGAACUGGUAAUGAAUAG